AUGUCCAAGUUAUUUAGCGUUGAAGAAGUUGCCAAGCAUGCGUCCAAGGCAGAUCUAUACAUGAUCAUCCAUAAAAAGGUCUACGAUGUUUCAACUUUCAUCAAAAAACAUCCCGGUGGAGAAGAGAUUUUAACUGAUGUUGGUGGCUGCGACGCUACGGAGGAAUAUGAUGAUGCUGGCCAUUCAGAAAAGGCGGACCGACUUCUUAAAAAGCUUUACGUAGGGGAAGUU